AUGCGGAGCGUCGCCAGCUGUGCCCCGGUCCUGAUUGGUUGCCAAGAGGGGGCUUCUUCAGAGGCGGAGUCAGCGGCGUGGGGAGCCAUGGGUCAGCCCGCCAAGGUUUUACAGCUCUUUAAAACACUGCACAGGACCAGGCAGCAAGUUUUUAAAAAUGAUAAGAGAGCACUGGAAGCAGCCAGAGUAAAGAUAAAUGAAGAAUUCAAAAAACAUAAAAACGAGACCUCUCCAGAGAAAAUAAAAGAGAUGAUGAAACUAGGUUCUGAUGUGGAAUUAUUGCUCAGAACAGCUGUUAUUCAAGGAAUUCACACGGACCAUGACACACUGCAACUGGUCCCCAGGAAAGAUCUUCUCACAGAAAAUGUGCCAUACUGUGAUUCGCCAACCCAGAAGCAGUAAAGUGUCUAGGAGAAAAUGUGCCAUACUGUGACUCGCCAACCCGGAAGCAGUGAAGCGUCCAGGAUAAGCGCACUUCUGCUCCUUCCCACUUUAAAUACAUACCUGGCAAAUGUCCUGGACAUGCAUUUGUUUCUCUCUGAAGUGCACGUUGCAAAUGAGCAACGGGCUGAGGACUAGGGAGGAGAUAGACAUGCCUCUCACUGACAUGGGCAACUGAAGGCCUGGGGAGGCGGGGCACUCCUCUCUUUCUCUUUGGUAGGUCUUUUGGUCUUACCAAAGCUGUUUGCCAGUGAAGCACCAAAUUGGUGACUUUUCAUCUCAUGGGACACACAUAGCUAAAUACAAAAAUGCUACAUUAAAUUGAUGUUUAAUCCCCAAAUUAUUAAGUUGGUAAAAAAAAAAAUCUUUCUGCCAGCUCUCUUCUGAAAGCAGCCGUUGUUUCCCAAAGUCCCAUGGUUAUUUCUGCGGCUAACAAAUAAUUACGUAGUGUAUUUCUCUGCAUUCUUACAAAGACAACGUUCCCCUUUUUGUUUUGUAUGCAUGGGUGUUUUGCCUGCAUAAAUGUCUAUGCACCAUAUGUAUGCAGUGCCAUGCCUGCAGAGGUUGGGAGAGGGAGUUAUAGAUGGUCAUGAGUUUCCUAGAAGAACAGCCAAUGCUCAAAGCACUGAGCCAUCUCUCUAGCCCCUAUAAAGACAUUAGCUAGAUGAAAUAUCAAAGUCACUCUGGGUCACUAUAGAAUAAACACAUCCUCUUUAGGAAGUAGUGACCUCCUGUCAGAUGGCUUGUGGUCUUUGUAAACGUAACUGUAUUUAGUUCACAGUUAGACUUUGCUGUGAAAUGUUGUAGAUAAUAUCUCUCUCUCUCUCUCUCUCUCUCUCUCUCUCUCUCUCUCUCUCUC